UUAAGUCGUGAUAAAUUUCUGAGAUUUCGUUGGAAUUUGUGAUUUGUGCUUAAGUGAAUUUGACGGACGCGUCGUGUGUGAGAGUCAAAAUAAAGUAUUGUGACAUUUUAUCAUGUGAGUGAUGAGUUGUACCGAAAAUGAAAGUGGACCUUUUGUGGUAUUCUUCCUACCAGCGGUUGUGGGCUGCCUGACCAUUUUAUUGGCUAGGCGCUGGGCUAAUUCACAAGUUAGCAACACAUCGUCCACAGCUGUUUCCAGACGACGAAAAAUUAUCAAAGAUCCGCUUGUAAAGCGGCCUUUGCCGCCGAUUGCUUGUAAAAUGGUCCCACUGGGUGCAAAGAAGGCUUCUGGAGUUGCUAGAAAGGGGACAGUACCUUUACUUGAAGAGGAUAUUAAUGGCGGUGGUAAAAGGAUGUCUCGUACACCUAGAAUACAAGUACCACCAUCAGGCACUCCGGGAACAGAUAAUAAGUUGUCGGACAGUAUCCAUCAGCCAAAACAUAUACCAUUUCCAUACAUCCCUCAAGAUAGUGAACUUCUGUUUGAGAUUAUGAAUUUUGUCUUCACACUUGUUGCAGCGGGAUUACAGUUUCUUAACUUAUACAGAACUGCCUGGUGGUUACCACAUUCAUACACUAAUCAGGCAAUGAAUUUUUAUUUGAUAGAUCCUCAUUUGGUGGCAUUUAUUGUGACGGUAAUAAGUCGAAGGUUACUUUUAAGCAUAACGUUGGCAGUAUUGAGACAAUUUACUGCACCAAAGUUAAUGCCUCACGCUACAAUUGCUGCUAGAACAUUUAUACUGGGAGUCGUUUUAGGAUCACUGGCAUGGUGUACAUAUUUCAUUGCACUUAAAUAUGUAUUCUUGGAGACUAUUUAUCUAUUCUAUCCAGUGGUGUUGUACUUCAUAUUGUUUGGUUUUGAGUCAAGUCCAUUCUUAGAGUUGAACAGUGGCAAUCCGCCAUUACAUUGUUGUUCACAUGAGCCGCAACAUGCACGGAAUGAAGCUGACACGUUAACUGCUGACUUCAAUAUGAGAUUAAUUAAAAUACUUUUCAACUCACUCAUAGAAGCGUAUUACACUAGUUUUAUACCUUGCUGUUUUGCACAGCCGUUCCUGUACUAUGACAUCUACGCGGCGAGUCAGCAAGUGGGGCUAGUGUUGUGCGCGUUGUGUGGCCGAUACUGCGCACAGCUGCUGAGCGCUGCGCACUGCGAUGUCUCGCACCGCGCCGCACUGCACCUCGGACGUUGGCGACUCGCCCCGCCGCACGCAGGUUCAGAGAGCAGUGAGAUGUGGUCAGGCGCGCGGUGGUGGGGGCGCGGGGCUCGCGUGCGUCACGCCGGGGCUGAGUAUGUGGCGGACGCUCCGUACGUCGCCGCACAUCCCGCAGACACACACCACGCCAGGUUUUACGCUGUGUUUAUAAACCCCUCGACGUUGCUUUGCUUGCUCGUGAGUCUGCAAUUAACAUUAGUAGUGGUCCAGUUGUGUUUACUCUUCAGUUCUAUAUCGUGGCACAACUUUAUGGCGAUUGUAUUCUUACUUUUCAUCAAUUAUUAUACAUUAUUCAAGUUAUUAAGAGAUUAUCUUGUAUCUUGGAAGGUAUAUAAAGCGGAACAUAUGAUACAAGACAAAAAUGGUGCUGUUUUAGCAACCAAUUGAAUUUUUACAGUUUCGUGUUGUGUUGUGCGCACAAAAUUGUCUCUUUUUUAUGCAUUUUACUUGGCUAUGAACUAAUAAAUUAAUAAUUAUCUAUAUUUCACUGUAAAUCUACAAAAUACAAUCAUUUUAAAUCUUAAAUUUCCUUCGAGUUCAGCACUUUUUAAGGGGAAUG